UCCACCAUCUUGAGGCACUCUUCCACUGGGCAGGCAGCAUGUAUCUAUCUCUCCCAUGAGGUUUGGGACAUCAUCACCUUUUCACAGAUUAAAAUAAAGUUGGAGUCCUCUGGUGGACAAUACAAGCAUGGGCUUCUGUUUACUGGAGUCUCUAACAAGUGUUUAGCUGUCCGUUUAGAACCACACAUAGUCAGUGUUUUGAGAGCGGAAUAGUGAAAAGGUGAUAGCACAACAAGCCUGGAGAUAGUAGUUGCUGCACAGACAGAAUGAGUCUAAGAUCAGGAAGUCAGUAUAAUGCUGAAGAUCAGCUACCCGGGACACAUCAAGGCAGGGAGAGCGCGCCAAGUGUCCAGCAGGAUGAUGUACGCUCACGCUCAUCUAGAUCAGCAAGGUCCAGUCAGAUUUCAUCAGCAAGUGCCCUUUUUGCCAGGGCUCGCGCCAAAGCAGAGGCUGCUCGCGUUCAGCUAGAAUUUGCUGAGAAAGAGGCUGCCAUUAUGAAGGAAAGAUCAGAGAAAGAGGCUGCCAUUAUAAAAGAAAAAACUGAACAGGAAGCAAAGUUGCAUAUUCUUCAACGUCAGUGUGCAGCCGCUGCUGCAGCAGCAGAAGCAGCAGCUUAUGCGGAUAUUGAGCGGUCUGGAAUGGAAUCUAUCCAUGAAGGCCCAGAUGUGCCCGAGAAACCGCUUUCCUCUGCAGAACGCACUAGGGCGUAUGUCCAAGAUAUUUCAAGUGGCAGCUCAACAAUACCGUUUCUCAAUCCAAAGUCAGCUGAAUUUAAACCAAAACCAUCAGUACUCCUGAGCGCACGAAAACAAACCCAUGAGGCUGGCAGUACCAGAGUGAUAAAAGAAGAAUCCUCACCGCAGCAACCCAAACACCAGAGCAUGCAAGACGUCACUAAAUAUCUUUUCCGUAAAGAAAUGGUUAAUACAGGCUUCCUCAAGUUUGAUGACUGCCCAGAAAAUUACUGGGCAUGGAAGGCUUCUUUUCUGAAUGCAGUCAAAGACUUGGACUUAACAGCAGCUGAGACGCUAGACCUGAUGGUAAAGUGGCUUGGGUCUGAGUCUGCAGAGCAUGCAAGAAGGAUGCGCAGGAUACACCUAUUUAACCCUUCAGUAGGACUCGAUAUGGCCUGGCAAAGGCUAGAAGAAAGAUAUGGAUCACCAGAGGCAAUUGAAGGUGCUCUGAUGAAAAGAUUGGAGUCUUUCCCUAAGCUAAACAGCAAAGACAAUUUAAAACUGCAAGAGCUGGGUGAUAUUCUUUGGGAAGUCCAGUGUGCCAAAGAAGAAGGUUAUUUAAGGGGACUUGCACAUUUAGAUACUGCCAACGGUACUAAGCCUAUAGUGGAGAAACUACCUCACCACCUGCAAGAGAAAUGGGUGAGUGUUGGAGCUAAAUACAAAGAAGAACAUGGUGUCCCCUUCCCCCCUUUCUUUGUGUUUUCUAGGUUUGUACAGCAGCAAGCUAAGAUGAGGUGCGAUCCCAGUUUUUCCUUCAUCACCAGCAGCCAACUGCCUAAGGCAGAAAAGCCACCUAGAUCCUACAAUAGGACUUCAGUGAUCACCCACAAGACAACAGUUCCCUCUGAGGACCCAGGAGAUUCAAGCAGCUACAAGCUGUCCAGACAGACGUCUCUAUUCUUCUACUUCUUGGAAGAGACAUUCUACAGGUGCAUAAGGUACGCCAACAAAUUAAUGGACCAUUUAAUGCCCCCUAUGCGCAAAGACUUGACUUGGGGUGGGUUAUAGUAGGAGAAGUUUGUUUGGGAGCAGCUCAUCGGCCUGACAGUGUCAACACUUCUAAGACAUCUGUGUUAACAAAUGGACGCACGUCCCUUCUCAGUCCAUGCCAAAACAGCUUUGUUGUUAAAGAAACCCUAAAAC